GCUUUGGAGCUGCGAGGACCGUAUGACAUCAGCAACUUAGGUCUGCUGUUCGGUUUGUCAGACGGAGACGCAAAGGAGGCCGUCUCCUCCACCUGCAGGGCGGCGCUGCUGCACGCAGAAACUCGGAAGACGGCCAGUGGGAUCGUGUACAUGGUGAGGAGCCAGCAGGAGGCGCCGCCGCCGCCGCGUCCAUCAGAGGGUGACACACCUGCAGCCAAGAGGGUCAAGACCACCUGACUGGCAGCUAAGGGGGCGGAGCCAACUCAGUUUCAUUAUUUCAUUAUUCUAAACUCUUGAAAUUUCUUUUUUAUUUGUAUUUUUGGAAAAAUAAACAGAUUUAAGAACCCCA